CCACACGGCCUUUCUUUCUCCCCUUAGCGGUGAAGGUGCAACAGUAAUCGGUCGUCCCGAACCCGGGUUCAUCCGACACCCUCACCAACCGAGCUGAACUGAGUUCAACCUCCACAGCAGCAUCAUGCCUCCCAAAUUCGACCCCAACGAGGUUAAGAUUGUGUACAUGAGGUGCACAGGAGGAGAAGUUGGUGCCACUUCAGCCCUGGCCCCCAAAAUUGGACCUCUGGGUCUGUCUCCCAAGAAAGUUGGUGAUGACAUUGCCAAGGCCACCGGUGACUGGAAGGGCCUGAGGAUCACAGUGAAGCUGACUAUCCAGAACAGACAGGCAGCGAUUGAAGUGGUUCCCUCUGCAUCUGCUCUGAUCAUCAAGGCUCUUAAAGAGCCUCCUCGUGACAGGAAGAAAGUCAAGAACAUUAAGCACAGUGGAAGCGUGACUUUUGAUGAGAUUGUCAGCGUUGCUCGCGUCAUGAGGCCCCGCUCCAUUGCCAGAGAGCUUUCUGGAACCAUCAAGGAGAUCCUGGGCACAGCUCAGUCUGUCGGGUGCACAAUUGAUGGUCGUGCUCCCCAUGAUGUCAUCGACGACAUCAACAGUGGCAAAGUUGAGUGUCCAUCUGAGUAAAUGGAUGUGAAAUAAAAUACUGAAACUCAA